AUGAACAAAAAAUUUUUUAUAAUAAUAAUUUCUAUCAAGUAUUUUCUUUUAUGUAGUAAAGCAAAAAUCAAGAAAAAUAAAUAUAUUUUUUAUAGAAAAAACUUAAAUAAUUUAUUUUUUUUAAAAUCAUCUGUAAGGGAAUUUCUUUCUAUAAAUAAAUUUCUCUUAAAAAGAAAAAGUAUCUCAAAAAUAAAUGUGAAAAGAAAAAAAAAUGAUGAAAAUGUUGGAAAAAUUAAGAAUUAUGAAACAUUUUUAAUAGUUGAUGGGUCAUCUAUUUUAUAUAAAAAUUUUUUUGGUAUGCCUAUUUUAAAAAAUGAUAAUGAAAUAAACUUAAGUACAAUAUAUGGGUUUAUUCAAUCACUUAAUAAAAUUUAUAAUUUAUUUUCACCAUCUUAUGUUGUUAUUGUAUUUGAUUCUAAGACGUCAAAUGAUAAUAAAAAAAAAAUAUAUUCAAAAUAUAAAAUAUAUAGAAAAAAAAACCCAGAAGAAAUUUAUGAACAAUUGAAAAUUGUUAGUGACUUUUGUGAUCUUAUUGGUAUAAAAACUAUUAGUUCUACUAAUGUAGAGAGUGAUAAUUAUAUUGCUAGUAUCGUUGAUAAUAUUUAUAAUACAAUAAAGAAUAAAACACUAAAUAUUUAUAAAAAUGAUGAUGAAGAUAACAGAAUAAUAAAUGAAAAUAGCAAUGAUAUUGAAAAAAUUAAAGAGGAAGAUGAGAUAACAAAAGCUAACGAAGAUAAAAAAAAAAACGAUUAUGAAAACGAAUUACGUGUUGUUGUAGUUUCAAGUGAUAAAGAUUUAUUGCAGCUUUUAGAAUAUAAUUAUAAUAAUAAUUUAAAUAAUAUGAAGAUAUAUAUAUGCCAACCAAAUAAAAAAUAUCGUUUAGUUGAUUCUAAUUUAUUUUAUGAAGAAUAUAAUAUAAUGCCUCAUCAGUAUUGUGAUUAUCUAAUUUUAUCUGGUGAUAAAACAGAUGGAAUAUCAGGUGUUCCUAAUAUUGGAGAUAAAACAAGUAAAUAUUUAUUAAAAGAAUUUUAUAAUAUUGAUAAUAUUUUAAAAAAUUUGCAUAAACUACCAAAUAAAUUACACAAUAUUUUACUUAAUAAUAUAGAAAAUAUAAAUAUAUUCAGAAAACUAAUUAAAUUAAAAUGUGAAACUAAUCAAUCAUUAGUAUUAAAUGAUUACAAGCAAAAAAAUAUUAAAAAUUUUGAAAAAUUUCAAAACUUUGUAGAUAAAUAUUCUCUACAUAAAUUACUAAGAAAAAGUAUAAUAAUAAAUUAUAAGUAA